AUGCUGCAUGCAUAUGAUGUGAUCUAUGCAGGGAAAUCAGGUAUCAGAUUUGGGUGGCAUAGAAGGAUAAAAGUAGCCCUUGGAGCUGCAAGGGGUUUCGCUUAUCUUCACGAACACGCCGAUCCUCCAAUCAUACACACGGACAUCAAAUCAAACAACAUUUUGCUGGAUGAGAAGCUUGAUGCAAAAGUUGCUGAGUUUGGCCUAUCCAAACCAAUAUUAGAUUAUGGGAAAGAUCAUGUCACCACUCAAGUUAAAGGAACAAUGGGAUACUUGGAUCCGGAAUACUACAUAAGUCAGCAGUUGACUGAGAAGAGUGAUGUGUAUAGGUUUGGAGUACUGAUGCUAGAGCUGAUAACCAGAAGAAAGCCGAUAGAACGAGGGAAAUACAUUGUGAAAGUGGUCAGGAAUUCAAUUGACAAGACUAAGGACAUGUAUGGCCUGCAUGAACUCAUCGACCGAGCCAUCAGAGAUGGCUUGGCCCUGAAUGGUUUCGACAAGUUUGUUGAUCUUGCAAUGAUGUGCCUUGAAGAAUCAGGAGCUGAGAGGCCUCCAAUGAGUGAUGUAGUGAAAGAGAUUGAAAUCAUAUUGCACUCAAUUGGUUUGGACCCUGCUGCUGAAUCUGAACCAUCAACUUCAUCAAGUUUUCAACAUAAUGAGGUAAGCUUAGAGAGUUUCCAUCAACCUUAUAGCAGUGGAUCCUUGUAUUCAAGCUCGGAAUAUAUACAAAAAAAAAACAAUGAGCAUGAGCCUAGAUAAGUCUUCUAAGAUCCAGG